AUGCGGCUCCUCAACCCCUUACUCCUAAUCACCCUGACACUCUCCAUAUCAUCGACAACAGCAUCGCCAGCAGCGGCCCCCAAGCCACCACCACCCAGCCGUCAUGACAGCAGCAGCAGCAGCAACAACAACAACAACAACAACAACAACAACAACAACAACAACAACAACAACAACAACAACAACAAACCCAAAUUCCCCACCAACCACCCCCCAGCCGAGCGCAAGUACUUUCACGAGCCAGGCGGCAGCCUCGAGAUGGAGCACUACGACCAGCGGUUCUUCGCCAGCCGCGUGCCAUACGAGGAGCACCGCCCCGUGCUGCAGCGCCUGAUACGCUCGUACCUGACCACGUUCCGCGCGCUGGGCGUCGAGACGUGGCUCGCGCACGGCUCGCUGCUGGGCUGGUGGUGGAACGGGCGCAUCAUGCCGUGGGAUUACGACCUCGACGUCCAGGUCAGCGUCGCGACGCUGCGGUAUUUGGGAAGGCACUUUAAUGGGAGUACGCUUGAGUAUGUGUUUGGGAACGACACCAUCACCACCACCCCGGGAUCCGCGGACUUGAAGAACAGAGAUGGAAAUGAGGAUGUUGGGAGUGGGAGCGAGCUUGGGGUUAAGGAGGUCAACACGACCUACCUCCUCGACAUCAACCCGCACGCCACGGACCCCGGGCGCGGCAACGGCGCCAACGUCAUCGAUGCGCGCUGGAUCGAUAUGAGUAAUGGCAUGUUCAUCGACAUCACGGGGCUGGCGGAGCGCGAUGCCGAGCGGGCCCCGGGCGUGUGGAGCUGUAAGAAUGGCCAUGAGUACCGCACCACCCAGCUUUAUCCCAUGCGUAGAACGACGUUCGAGGGCGUCGAGGCCACCGUGCCGUUUGCGUUCGACGGGAUCUUAGCGGAGGAGUAUGGGGCUAAGAGUUUGGUGGCGACGGAGUGGGCGGGGCAUCGAUGGGCGCCGGAGCUUCGAGAAUGGGUCAAGGUCCCGAAGCCGCGGAAGAAGGACCCCAAGAAGCCGCAGACGGAGAAGGCGACGGAGAAGCCGCAGGAAGAGACGGCGAUGGAGGAGCCGAAGGAGGAUGAGAAUGUCGUGAUUAACGUCGAGGAAAUGGCCGAGGAAAAGGUGGUGGCGCCGUAG